AUGGAUCAACGAAGAAAUUGUGUUACUGUUAGGUUGUUGCUAGGAAGUGACGUGUUGUAUGGCUCGAGUACAGUGAGAAGUGAGCAACAUUGUUGCCCGAAUGUAGUAUUAAAUGAGCAAGGGCUACCAUACUCUUAUGGACGGAGGCAACUAAAAAAGUUAGUUUAUGAAAGCAAGAUCAGGUUUAGCACUUGGAAUGUUAGGACACUGUAUGGUAAAUCAAGGGAGGUGGUGGAAGUAAUGGGCAAAAGAAAGAUUAAUAUUUUGUGCCUACAAGAAACUAAAUACGUUGGAAAGAAGGCCUUCGAAUUUACUAAUAGAUUUAAACUUUGGUAUACGGGAAAGGUAGGCACAAGGAAUGGAGCUGUUAUUAUCAUUGAUAAUGAAUGGAAACAGAAUGUGGUAGAAGUCAAAAGGAUAGAAGACAGAAUCAUUUCUUUAAGAAUAAUUGUGGGGAGGGAUACUAUCAAUGUGAUUAGUGUUUAUGCACCUCAAGUAGAAGCGGAAGAUCGUUUUAAGGAGAAAUUUUGGACGGAUAUGGAGAAUUUGAUUCAAAGUACACCAACCAUAGAAAAGAUUUUUAUUGGCAAUGAUCUUAAUGAACAUGUUGGUAAAGAUGUGGGACAAUAUGCUGGGGCUCACAGUGGUAUGGAUUUUAGAGUGCGUAAUAAUGAAGGGCAAGCUAUUAUUGAUUUCUCUUUCGCGUACAACCUCAAGAUUGUUAACACUUGUUUUAAGAAGCGGAAUGAGCAUUUAAUCACUUAUAAGAGUAGAAUCCAUAGGUCGCAGAUUGAUUUCUUCCUGGUAAGGAAUCCUGAUAGAAAACUCUACACAAAUUGUAAAGUGAUUCCUGGAGAUGGAGUUACAGCACAACAUAGAGUACUAGUCCUUGAUGAAAGAUACUGUGUAACUAAGAAAGAGACUAGGAGAGCAGUGGGAGAAACUCAUACUAAAGCUUUUGAGGAGUUCUAUAAGGAUCUAGGGACUAAAGUUGGGGAACGCAAGAUCUACAAGAUCGCAAAGAAUAAAGAAAGAAAAACAAAAGAUUUGGACCAAGUAAAAUGUAUAAAGAACGAAGAAGGUAAAGUUUUGGUUACUAAAGGUGAUAUUAAGGAUCGUUAG